AUGGUGGAUGGAGCACAGGUGUUUGGCAAAGUGGUCGCCUAUACUGCACUUGGUCUCACUGAUGUAAAGGAGGCCAUAACGAGAGCAUCGGAUACAAUAAACAAGGUUUGGCGAGUAGAGCUCGCCGACCCAAGACGUGCACCGGCUUCUCCGCCCACAGACGCUGCCCGACAGGCUGAGCUCUUCCAGCACCUCCUGGGACAGCGGAAAGAGAAGCAGUCAACGGGUUCGGCACGACUCACCGGGUCACCGCCAUUGCGUAGCGCACACACUAACUGCGCAUGCGCACCUGCCUCCGCACAGCCGUGCUCACCCCCCCCCCUCAACGCGGUAGUCGCCAUAGCAACCGGCCGCCGACGUUUUAUUAAAAAACUGUCCUUGCGGCACUCCCUUGGUCAAGUUAGGGUGCCGCUGGUCACCAUGGAGAUCGCCCCGGCUCAGGUCUUCGCGUCGUUGCUGCCGCCGCCAGAUCCCGGUCACCAGAAGGCCAAGUGGGCUUGGGCCGAGCGCCGCGGGGCCAAGUCGGUGGCGGCGGCGGGUGAGCGAGAGGUGCAGAUCAGCGCCACCGCCGAGGUGUCGGCGCCGCCUGACCGGGCGCGGGUCUGCGUGCUGGUCGGUAGCAGGAAGGAGGCGGCGGUGCAGGCCAAGAGCAGCGUGAUCCGGCGGCUCGACUACAUCGUGCAGAGUGUGCGGGGCCAUGGCGUCCAGGAGGACAAUAUUACAGUGACUAAGGAUUUUCGCCGAAUUGAAAAUGGCUAUCAGAUGGAAGCAGAGGUCUGUGUUAUAUUCAGUGAUUUUGGCAAGAUGGAGGAUUUAUGUAACCUGUUAGUGGAAAAAUUAGACAGUUCUGUCAUUGUUGGUUCACCUCAAUUCUUCCACACAUCCGAAGCUGUGGAAAACAUCAGGCGGCAGGCAUGUCUUCGAGCUGUUGCAAAUUCUCGACGUAAAGCUUUUGAAGUGUGCCGCUUGCUUGGUCAGUCCCUGGGCAGACCUUUGAUCAUCCGGGAAGAAGAAACCAAAGAAAGUGAAGGUGUUACCUCUGAACCACAAACUCCUGAUAAUACACGUCCAUUGACUAUGCAGCAGCAGAUUAGCAAUGCAUCUGUGACUGUUUAUUCCAAAGUGUUUGUGACUUUUGAGCUUAAAUCGAAAGACAAUUGCAAGAGGAAUAAUUAAGCUGUUCUUUUAAGGAAGCAACUACAUUUUUUUUAAAGCAUAUAAUAGAUUUGGGAUGGCAAUUUUGUGACUGCAGCAUGGAGAUUUUCCAGUGGUAUAAAUGCUGUAUAUUUUGACGCUCAAUGCAAGUAAAAUGGGUGCAUUGGGCUUUUGCAUAGCAGCAUUUGCUUUUAUUGCCUAUUCUCCACAGUCACUUAUUAAUAAUGAGCCAUUGUGGAACUGAUGGCAAUCAACAUCAAGGAUCUUGAGGAACAAAAAAGAGCAACUUUUGGUUGUAUAGAGAAUCUAUAAGACAAUUUUUUUUAUAUUUACGAUAUUGUCAGUAUUAACAAUUCUUGUCAGCCACUUCAGCUCUGCAUCACUUGAUUCCUGAAAUUUCAUUACUGUGCAUACAUAGCCUGGAGAAAAAAACUAAAGUUGUAUGCUUCCCUGUAGCAGUGGCAGGAUUGUUAUCACCAAAGCAUAUCAAUGGGCUGACCCCUAAUUUACAUGGAGCUAAUUGUCAGGUCGAUAUUAGACAUCCACUUGCCAUCAUGUGUUUUAGGUGAUCUGCCUCUGCAGACCAAGAUGUGCAGUUCUCGUAGGAAUAGUAUUGGCGUUCUUAAAGAAUAUGGUCUAGGAAAGACCCUCUCCUAGGGAGCAGGGUGGGGCUAUUUCUGUCCUUAAAGAUUGAUUUACUCCUCUUACCAAAUGUUUUGGCCUCCAAACAUUAUAUUGAGAGCUGCUGGAGUAAAGUCAACAGAAGUGUACCUAGAAAUUUAUUUCACCCUUUUCCAGUAUGCUGUGGCACUAUUCUGAAGGCAGAUACUCUGCAAAAGGAACCACACUAGGAUGGCUUGUGCAUAGAAACAGGAUUGGGCUCAAUUGAAUGCAACUUCCAACUUUUCUCAAAAGGGUGAAAAUCAAAAAAAAAUUGCAUAUGUUUGUAAUCUGAAGUAGCCCAUUGAGUUCCUCCAGCAGAUUUUGUUCUAACAUCAAGUACAAGUCAUCCUUUGGCUUUUAUAGACAAGAACAUGAAUUUUUAUAGACAAGAGAAAGUAGUUAAUUACUUACUUUUAACCACAUUUUACUAACAAACUUCAAAAUUAGACUGAUACCUUUUGGUGAAUUUAAUCCCAGAAAUAUCCCAAAACAUCAUAUGUUCUGGCUUUGUUAUUUUUGUGUUUCUCUACUAAACAUAAGCUUUAUUGAUGGACUGGUAGAUUCUGUCUAAGUUCACCUAAUCAAAUCUCCUUUCUAUGAUGUGCAAAAGAACCAUCAGUGGAAAGGGUUAACCUCUCUGCACUUAAUAACAAUGGCAACAGGUUCAGCAAUGGACUACAAGUCUGAUAAUUACAAUAAAUUAAUUCACUUACACUGUUUUUAGGCUUAAAUACUCACACAAAGUCUAUCCUAAGGAUCCAAUAUCAAAGAGUACAUUUAAAACCAUAAAUUUGAUUGAUCAAGGAUGUUGGUUUUGGUUCUAUCAUACCUGACAAACCUCUUCAUUGGAGGUUCCAAUCCAAAAAACAUGUUCUCGCUUGCAAUAACUCAUUGGUUAAAAGAUAGCUAUGUCUGCUAUCAAAACUUUAACCUAUAGUUCAAAGGGCUGGAGUCUACAAAACAUUCAGAACACUUGAAUAAAUUAAAAACCAAAAACAUGAAUCUCAAAAGAUGAAAUGUACCUGUACUUCCAAUAGCAGACAAAAGGACAGCUUCCAGCUCUCUACGUAACAGCGACUGAAGACAAAGUGCAGGCACUUUUUGAAGAUGUGCUCUCAUAAAAGGAAUUGAUCAGGAAAAUUUUCAACUGCAUUUCCAUUGAACCUGUCAUGAAAUACUUCAAUCACUCAGUCUCCAUGCGCACACACUACUGGGCUUCUCCAAUUAGCAUCCAUGCUUGGGAUCCCAGACCUGCUCUUGAAUUUUAAUCAGUCAUUAUCUCGUAAUCAGGCCAGGGCGUUUAGGCUGAACCAAAGCCUGGAUGUCAUUCCCAUACGUAUGUGCAGAUGACAGAUGUCUAACAUUUCUUGUUUCAGCUUUCCCAUUAUAUAGUUGGUUCCUUAAAAAGAGACUGCUUCUCCUCAGGGUUGAAGGGGGUUCUUUGUGUAAUCUAUUCAUCCUCACCCUCAGUAUUUGACUGCUGCCGCCUUGUCUCCACUAGAGAAUCAUUGGGCUUUUCUCUGGAAUAUAGGGGUGGGGAGUCCUGGGUUUCCUUCAGCCUUGUGAUAAUCUCAGGCUUGUCCCUGUUGAAGAUAGGUUCUUAUUGCUACUGAACAGCAGCCCUGAAGUGUUUCAUUUUCAAUAACAUUGAUUUUGUCCUGUCCAGGUAUGCCAUUAUUGUCCUAUUAAGAUAACUCCUGCCAUCUCUGCCUUAUUUUGUGCUGUUUGUCCCACAAUCCUCUCCAGGAUCCUGUCUUCGGGAUGACAGCCUGGGACCCACCCAUACUUCUUUCAUUCAAUAUAUUAACUUUUGGUUCCUUUUCACUAAGCACUACUUAAUGACCCCUUGGGUCCCUUGUCCAGAAAUCUAGUCCUCACGUAUUCAGGAACCCCGUCUUUAUGGCCAUGGCCCUCUUCUAUUCUUGCUUUUCUUACUGCCCAGGUUAAUACUAGUAUGUUUCACCUCAUGUACAUCACAAGUAUUGAUCUCCCACACAGUCAGUUUAUAUCAAAUUUACAUGUGGUACUUAAAUUGUUCUCACCCAAAUGAUGCUCCAGGUCCACUACAUAUCAACUCAAGGGGAAUAUCCUACCAACCAUGCCAAAUGUUAUGGAGCAAGACAAUCACGAUCACAGUUCAUACUCAGGUCAAACAGAAAUAUACUUAAUCAAUCUUUCACCUCAAGGACAGGCCCAUUCACAUCGAUAUGGCUUACACUCUCGGAUUAUACAAAGCAUAGCAUUUUAUACACACCAAUAGAUAAGGUAUGGCAUCUUCAACGAUGUACAGCCAUUCAACUGUCACUUCUUGAGCAGUCCAAGAUCAGAAGGCUUACAAUCAAUCCCAGCAUGAUCUUCAAGAUCCUAACAGACCCCUGCCUCUGGUGAAGUAUUCCUUUGCUCAGCUAAGGCCUUUAUUACUAUGGCGGUGAUACAUAGAGCAGGACCAUCAUCUCCAAUUACCACAUACCUCCAGAAUCUCUUUUUCUUACAUCAUGCUCUAUCAACUAUCUCCAUUGCCUGCAUUUACUUAAGGCAAUGUAAACAUCAUUGCCUCCAAUAUAUUGUCACAGUAUCCGUUCAUCUGUGUUCCUCAUGUCAUUAGCUUCUUGUUCUAAUUGAGGUCCUUGUUGCUAUGGAAACAGUCUUCUCUCAGUAUAUUAACACAAAGAUUGCAAUGGUCUUUUAAGUUUGUAGGGACACCUCCAAGAGGACAUUUUAGUGGGUUGCUUGUUUCUGAAUUUGUCUUUAUUAUUACAUAAAGCAGAUCUGACUGCUUUAUUAUACAACAUGCAAGUUGACACUACAGGCUAGGUCCAUGCCCCCACAGUCUCUCACUUUGCAUGCAAUGUAAUUCCUAAUCAUAAAACUCAAGCUCCCCAGAAAUCCACAACUUUCAUCCAUAAGCAACCAUUACAUGAUAUGCUCCUUGGCCUACAAUUAUACAUCACCAAAGCUGGAGUUAUUAUUUAUCUCAUAACUAACCACAAAUAUCUCAAAUGUGAAUGUGUCUGCAGCGGGUGGGGUAAGAUCAGGAGGAAAAAAACUUACUUUGUCUUCACCAGCCUCCCUGUGCCCAUGAUGAAAUUGGUAGAAUGACUUGCUUGAGAUCAAAGCAUAAUUUAACUGAGUACGUAUCAAGGAGUCUCAGUAAAAUUGAAUUUGUUGAGAAUCAAAAUUAGAAUUCCACUGGCUGGAAACAAAUCUCACAUGAUAAAGAUGAUUGUAGUUGUUUGAGGUCAAAUAUCUCAUCCCCAGGCCAUUGUGGCAUGGAUUUCACAAAGUUGCAUCAUAUAUGGCUGCUUCUUCAAUGAAAGCCAACCCAAGCUUGAGGAACAGCAUCUCAUCUUGUGACUGGGCCUUAACAAAUUCAAUAAUUUCAGAUAACCAGACAUUUUAGUUUGUAUACGAACUGGCCAGCUGUAAUAUUUACAGUUUUUCCUCUCUGUCCAGUUGGUACCAAGACCUGUUGAGUAUUUAAAGCAUUGUUUUUAAUUCAGUCUUCUAGUAUGUGAAGAAUUUUGUCUUUCUGAUUUCCAGUAUUAGUUUCCUUUCAUUUCCUUCUGUAUUUCUCCUCCAGACAUAUCAGCUGUGAUUAGCAAAUAUUCACCACCCUCUCUCAUCUGGCAUCACCACCACUUGUAUCAUUCAAUGUCUUAUUGUCUCCACCCUAUCGCAGACAUUCCUUUUUAAUCGCACCAUCCUUCCUCCUUCUCUGCAACUUGUAUUUGAUUUCCAACUUCUCUUAGUUCUGACGAAAAGAUCAUUGAUCUGAAAUGUUAACUCUGUUUCUCUCUCCACAGAUGCUGCCUGACUUAGUUUUUCUUAUUUCUGACAUUUUAAGUCUCAGUUCUGCCUUUACAAAUAGAUACACCUGUUGCAUGCAACACCACUUCUAUUUGGGGCAAGAGGCAGUACUAAUGAGACUUCUGGCAGAUAACAUCAGUUCAGUAGUUCUUUUUUCUGCUUGGGUUUAGCCGAGGGGUGGACAAAAAAAAACAUUGCAUCAACCACAAAGGUUGACAUAGUCAAGCCAAUGUUCACUCAUGUUCUGUCCUGUCUGGGUGCAUUUUCCCAUGCUCAACAAUUUCAGAUAAUCAUUUUUUUUAAAUAUAUAAAACAGAAAUAUUUUCUCCUUGUGAAACAACUUUGAGGACAAGGCUGGUUACAAAGCUUCACUGCAGGUAACUUAAUUUAACCUCCAAUUCUUUAAUUUUAUUCAUGAUGUUACAGAACAUUUUAACAUUGUAUAGUAAUUAUAUUACUUUUUAAUUACUGUAUGGUUUCUGGUAAGAAAAAUCCAUGACAAUUAACCUAGGCUUCAUAUGCGGCUUGAACAACUUUUAUUAAGGCAAGAGUGGUGAAUAAGUGAUACUCUGAUUUGUUUUCAAUAUACUCGUUUUUAAUAUACUCGUUUUUAUGAUGUACUUUUUCAGUAACAGCAUUAAAGUUAACUAUUAGUCUUGACUCAAAAGUCCA